UGCACUUUGACGUUUUCCGCUUUCCAUUUUUUCAUAAUUUCCAUAAAAGUACCACAAGAAUAAAGUCGAAAAGUGUUUCAAGGCUUUUAAAUAAAGAAAAGUACCACAGAAAUGGGUAACGACAAGAAACGGCGGUCGAGAAGUCGCGAGAGAACUGAAAAGGACCGAACCGAUCGAGAUAGGAGAAGCAAACGGUCCAGAUCCAGAAGUAAGGACCGAAUCCAUAAAAGACACAGGUCUCGUUCCAGGGAACGACUGGAAAGAUUCGAGAGAAGGGAUUUGCGAGAAGAGAAACUCGAUAAAAGGGAAGACAAGUUGGACAGGCGAGAAGAUAAAUACAAAAGCGAGAAAGACAGGGACUAUAAAGAUAGGAAGGAUGAACGCAAAGAAGACAAAGAUAAGAAACCCUCCUCAAAAGAAAUUAAGAAGUCAGGAUCACCUGAAGCCGAAGAAACAGAGGUUAAGAUUGAAACCAAACCUGAAGUAAAACAGGAACCACCACCCAAGAAGGAACCUCUAUCCCUAGAAGAAUUGCUGGCCAAAAAGAAGGCUGAAGAAGCAGCCAAAAGCAAACCAGUAUUCUUGACAAAAGAACAAAGAGCAGCGGAAGCUCUAAAACGCCGGCAAGAAGAAGUAGCAAAGCAACGACAGAUGCAGGAAGAAGAGAAGAAAAUUAUUCAAAAAAUGCAACUGAGCAGACAGGAAGAGAAGAAAGAUGAUAGAGAUAGGGACAGAAGAGGCAGGGAUCGUGAAAGGGAAGAAGAGAAACAGAAGGACAAGGAUAAAGAGAAAGAACAAGAUGCCAUUAAGGAAAGGUAUCUAGGGCUUAUUAAAAAGAAGAGAAGAGUGAGGAGGCUAAAUGACAGAAAGUUUGUCUUUGAUUGGGAUGCUGGGGAGGAUACUUCACUGGACUACAAUCCAAUUUAUAAAGAAAGGCAUCAAGUUCAAUUCUUUGGAAGAGGAAACUUGGCUGGAAUAGACAUAAAGGCCCAAAAACGCGAUCAAAGCAAAUUUUACGGUGAAUUACUAGAGAAACGGCGAACAGAAGCGGAGAAGGCCCAAGAAAAAGUCAGACUCAAAAAAGUGAAGAGGAAGGAAGAGAAACAACUGUGGGAUGACCGGCAUUGGACCGAAAAAGAGAGGGAUGAAAUGACUGAGAGAGAUUGGCGUAUUUUUAGGGAGGACUAUAAUAUUACCAUUAAGGGUGGCAAAAUUCCUGAGCCUAUUAGAAACUGGAGUGAAUCGGGCAUUCAGAAAGAGUUGCUUGAAAUCAUCGAUAAAGUCGGUUAUAAAGAUCCCACCCCCAUUCAGAGGCAGGCCAUUCCCAUUGGAAUGCAGAAUAGAGAUAUAAUUGGUGUGGCAGAAACGGGUUCUGGUAAGACUUUAGCCUUCUUAAUCCCGCUUUUAUCCUGGAUUCAGUCGUUGCCAAAAAUCGAGAGAACAGAAGAUGCCGAUCAAGGGCCGUAUGCGAUUAUUUUAGCGCCGGCUCGUGAAUUGGCGCAACAAAUAGAAGAGGAGACCGUUAAGUUUGGUCAGCCUUUGGGUAUUAGGACAGUUGUUGUUGUGGGAGGUUUGAGUAGGGAAGAACAAGGUUUUAGAUUGAGAAUGGGAUGUGAAAUCGUAAUAGCAACCCCAGGUCGUCUAAUUGACGUUUUAGAGAACAGAUACUUGGUUUUAAACCAGUGUACUUAUAUUGUUUUGGAUGAGGCCGAUCGUAUGAUUGAUUUAGGUUUCGAACCUGAUGUACAAAAAAUCCUGGAAUACAUGCCGGUAACUAAUUUAAAACCGGAUACAGAGGAAGCCGAAGACAGUCGAGUGCUACUGGCAAACUACAAUAGUAAGAAAAAAUACAGGCAAACCGUCAUGUUUACAGCUACUAUGCCUCCGGCUGUAGAAAGAUUGGCAAGAACAUACCUGAGAAGACCGGCAGUGGUUUACAUCGGUUCGAUCGGUAAACCGACCGAACGUGUGGAACAAAUCGUUCAUAUUGUCAGCGAAAACGAUAAAAGACGUAAACUAAUGGAGUAUCUUUCGAAAGGGGUCGAUCCUCCGAUCAUUAUUUUCGUUAAUCAGAAAAAGGGUGCCGAUGUGUUGGCUAAAGGUCUGGAAAAACUGGGUUACAACGCCUGUACACUUCACGGCGGUAAAGGACAAGAACAGAGAGAAUACGCCUUGGCCAGCUUAAAGUCGGGCGCCAAAGAUAUUUUAGUGGCCACAGAUGUCGCUGGUAGAGGUAUCGACAUUAAGGACGUCUCGAUGGUUAUUAAUUAUGAUAUGGCGAAAACUAUUGAAGAUUACACCCAUCGUAUCGGUCGUACUGGUCGUGCGGGCAAGACCGGUAUAGCCGUCAGUUUCUGCACCAACGACGAUUCCGCCUUGUUCUUCGACCUGAAGCAGAUGCUCCUGUCCUCGCCGGUGUCUACUUGUCCGCCCGAACUUAUGAACCACUCGGAAUGUCAAAAUAAACCCAACCAGCCCAAAAGGCGUAGGGAUGAAAUGAUUUUUGCAUAAGAUCAAUUUAAGUGUGUUUGAUUACUAUUAUUAUAUUAGAGAAUAUAGGAACUAUUUUUA